AUGUACAACGGGAUUGGUCUUCAGACUGCGAGGGGUACAGGAACGAAUGGAUAUGUUCAAGCCAAUCUUUCCAACUUAUUGCUAUCAAAGCGCGUUGAGUACAAUAGUGAGGCUGACAUUCGAAGAGCUGAGGCAGAGAUCAACAGAGGUCCAAAUGAAGAAAUUCUUCAACAUCAAAGAAAACGAGUUAUUGAAAUGAAAUGUGCAGAAUUUGAAAUGCUUAUGGAAGAAAAGGGUUUUGACGACGAUGAGAUUCAGAAGAAGGUUUCGGAUUAUCGAAAGCUGUUGUUGGGUCAACUCGAAUCGGGCGAACUCAACCUGGAUGCUGAGCUCGGUACCAGAGAUUCACAUGCUAGAGCUAAAGCUGCUGUUAAGAAUCGUGAUAAAAUGAGAAGUGCCCUCGGACUGAGUGAAGACUUUGUUCCUGGAAAAUCGAUGGAGAAUAUGAAGAAAACGGAUGUGGUUGGAGCUGCACUAACGGCGCCUGCUGUAAGCAGUGGUGAUUCUUUGCUAAGUACACUGAAAAAGGAAAUGAAGGAAAAAUCUGAGAAAGAUAAAGUGGGUUUUCUUGAAUACGUACUAAAUGCGCACUCCGAUAUUCGUCGAGGUUCAUCAGAACGGAGUAGAGAGGUGGUCAAUACGCAUCUGACUCUUCAAAUUGGAUUUCCCAACUCUCCUGAAGAGUAUCAUUGGGGGCGGAGUUUAUCGAUACGUGUGUCCUUAGAAGUCGACCGACACUCCCAACUAAUCGACCUUUUUACGUCUCUCUUCGUAGAAUUGCGAGUAGCAUCAGAUCUAGGCGCUGCUUUAUGCAGGCGAUAUCGUUGCGCACUUCCUUAG